AUGCGCCUGCCGACCAUGUCCACUAACUUCCUGCUCGCGCCCAUCCUGGAGUGCCCCUCGGACUUCUUCCAGAGCCGGGACAUCAAGCUGGCGGUGCUGGGGGCCGGCAGCGUGGGCAAAAGCGCUAUGAUUGUUCGAUUUCUAACAAAGAGGUUUAUUGGAGACUAUGAACCCAAUACAGGAAACUUGUAUUCAAGACUUGUUCAUGUAGAGGGAGACCAAGUUUCCAUACAGAUCCAAGACACACCAGGAUGUAUUCAGGUGCAAGAAGGCUUUGUACAGAUGUUGGACUCUCUUUCCAGAUGUGUGAAGUGGGCAGAGGGCUUUCUGUUGGUCUAUUCUAUCACAGACUACAGUAGCUAUCAGUCUAUUCGUCCUCUCUAUCAGCACAUACGCAAAGUCCAUCCAGACUCUAAAAUACCCAUCCUUAUUGUGGGAAACAAAGGGGAUCUCCUCCAUGCGAGGCAGGUACAGACCAAUGAGGGGAUACAGCUGGCUAAUGAACUGGGCACUGUGUUUUUAGAAAUCUCCACUAGUGAAAACUGCCAUGGGGUGUGUGAUGUUUUUCAGUAUCUUUGCAAGGAGGUUAGCAAACUACACCACAGCAGCUGUGGAGACAAAAGGAGAUCGUCCAUCAUCCCUCGACCCAAGUCUCCCAACAUGCAAGAUCUAAAGAGACGUUUCAAACAGGCAUUAUCUUCCAAAGUCAAAUAA